AAAAAUGGUUACAAGUAAAGAAGCUUGGAACCUACUGAUUAGAAAAGGCAGUCAUAAAGAAAGUAGAGAUGCCAUAUUAUUAUCAAACCCAAGCCCACCAGUCGUGACAACGCAAGAUAUUAUGGCACAACGUUCGAAUAGCUUUGCUUAUGGAACCAAAAAGUCGGAUACCUAUAUACCGCCGACAGUUUAUCCAGCUUUAUUAUCCAAGGUGGCAAACGAGUUAAAGCGACAUAUAACUGUUUCGGAUCAUAUAAAGGAUGAUAUUGAAUAUAAAAAUACUUUUCACGGUAGAGAAAUAGUUGACAAGCUUUCGACUAUAUUACACACAAGAGACAGAAAAUUAGCCUUAAGAGUUGGGACGUCACUCGCCUCGCAAAAGCUGUUUCAUGACGUUUGCUAUGAGACUCGGCUCGUAGACUCGAUAGCUUAUCUAUAUGAAUUCUCGUUUAAUAAUCAAACAAUCUACCAACAACAAAGUGAUAGCUUGAGUGAGAUUGAAUCCAAUAGAUCCUUCAACGAACAACCAGUUGUCAUGGAGAAUAACACAAUCAAUGGCGUAUUUACUGAACUAGCUUAUUGCUACUCACCAACAUGUUGGGACAAUCGACCAUGUUACAGUCCAACUUGUCCAAAAAGGAUUAUGCAAUUACCUCUUGAGAUCAAAGACAACAUCCAAUCCAUAACAAAAUCUACAUUUCCAAAACAGCAACAUCAACAGCAACAACAGCAACAACAACCGCUAUCACCACAGCAACAGCAGUUCGAUCAUGGACUCUGGGCCAAUACGGUGGAUAAAGAACUUUAUGACACAAUUCCAAAAAUUGAACGUAAAAGACAGGAGAACUUGUAUGAAUUGAUAUACACAGAAGAGGAUUAUGUAGAGAGUCUAAAUUACGUGCAGACAAUGUGGAUAAAGCCUCUGAAGGAACGGCCGAUUAUUCCGACAGCAAGAAAGGAAGUAUUUAUCCAAAAGGUGUUUAGAAACAUUGCUUCAAUUUAUGAAAUCAAUACACGUCUGUUACAUGCUCUUAAAGCACGUCAAAGUGAAAACCCAAUCAUUUAUCAAGUGGGUGAUAUUCUGCUGGACUUUGUUAUUAACUUUGAACCUUAUAUUGACUAUGGAUCAAAGCAGCAUGAAGCAAAGUACACUUUGGAAAAUGAGCGGUUUAUCAAUGCCAAUUUUGAAGCCUUUGUACAGGCUACAGAAAGACAUCCAAGCUCAUUAAAGUUGGAAUUGAAUGGAUACCUUACAAAACCAACGACUAGGCUUGGAAGAUAUACUCUGUUAUUUAAUGAAAUUCUAAAACAUACACCGACUGGACAUCCUGAUAAAGAGCAAUUACCAAAGGCAAUCAACAUCAUCAAACAAUUCUUGUCUCGCGUAAAUUACGAAACUGGACAGGCCAAGAAUCGAUUUGAUUUGGAAAGAAUUCAUUACAAUUUAUCAUUCAAAUACAAGACGGAUGAAAUAAAUCUUGACUUGCUUGCCAAAAGCCGCUCAAUUAUCAAACAAGGGACUCUCAAGAAGACUGCUCAGCCUGAUUCUGUAGAGUAUCAAGUCAUUUUGUUUGACCACUAUCUGGUAAUUGCAAAACUAAAAAUGAAUAAUGGACUAGAGAGAUACGUCAUCCAGAGAAGACCAAUUCCAUUAGAGCUCUUGCAUAUUUAUCUACCAAGGUAUGAUCCUUCCAUUCACAAUAGACGAUCAAGCUCUCUUGUAUUACCUUAUCUGACAAAUAACAAUCCAAAUAAUACAAUGAUGGUAGCUUCUGCUGGUGGCUCUGGCAUGCAUGUGAGAGCUUCUACAGACAUUGCUGCCUAUAUGAACGCACAGGCAAAUGCUGAAAUGGAUGAAGAGAAUAAUUCAUGUUACCCCCUCACAAUUCAACAUUUGGGGAGACCUUCACUGCACAUCACUCUCUUUGCUACAUCUCCAGCCAUAAGGAAGUCAUGGAUGGAUAAAAUCAAAUCUCAACAAGAGGAGUUAAAUAAGAAGAAACCAGUAUUUGAGCCUGUGCCUGUGUUUAAUGGACAUGAAUUCCUGGAAAUAAACAAAAUCAAUCACUUCAUCACUUUCAAUGCAGGUCAGCAGUACCUUUUAGCCGCUGAUGAUGGUGUUUACGUCGGACAUCAUCACUAUAAACACCUCGACACUCGUCCUCAUAAGGCGCUUUCGUUAGAAAGGGUAACUCAAGUUCAAGCCAUUGAAUGCAAUCAAACGUUGCUGGUUCUUGCAGAUAAAUCUCUUUGGGAAUAUCCAUUGGAUGUGGUGAAUGGGAAACCUGAAUUGCAGCCUCAGGGACGACUGAUUCAGACACAUGUGCCUUUCUUUUAUUAUGGUACUUGCUUACAAAGAACGAUGGUUUGUAUUCCCAAGAUAUCUACUCUCAGUUCUAUCAUAUCAGCAUAUGAACCCAUAAAGAGGAUAUAUGAUACGAAUGCUACGCCACACUUACAACACAACGUGAAUUCAGGGAAAAGACAAAGUCUGGUCAACAAGAUACUGUCACUACGAUCAUCCACUUCAUUAGGUGACUCGAACCUGCGAAAGAUCAAAGACUGUUAUGUUCCUUGUGAGGCCUACGCGGUAGAACUGUCAGCGACCAUGAUGCUUAUUACUACAUCUAGAGGCGUUAUCAUGGUAGAUAUGAGAACGGAUCAACCACAGCAAUUGUUAAACCCUGCUGAUAAGAAUUUAUCCUUUAUUAUGGAAAGAGAAAAGGAGCCAACCGCACUUAACCUACGGCAGUCUACAAAGCGUAUUGCGAUAUUUAGAGCACCUAGGAACCAUUACUUUAUCUGUUAUGAUGAGUAUGCAUUUUAUAUCGAUAGUAAAGGAAAUAGACUGUUCAACAAGUUUUUGAUCGAAUGGGAAGGGAAUCCAGAAUCUUUUGCAUUUUCAUAUCCAUUUGCCAUUGCCUUUCAUUCGUCAUAUAUAGAAGUCCGAAGCGUGAUUACUGGCGCAAUUGAGCAAAUAAUACGAGGCAAACAAGUGAAAUGCCUUAAUAAUGGACACAAGACAGAACUACCAUUGAUCUUUGGAACUAUGAUGGACCCUCAAAAUGGAAAGUAUAGGUUUGUAUUCAAGUUACAGAUGGUUGAUGAUCAUUCAAGGACACACGAUACUUUUUCUGAACCAUCCACUAUACGAGAAAAGACUCGCCAUGUACUUUAUAGUUAAUACACUUUUUCUUUAUUAUUUAUUUAAGAAUCCUAUUGUCUUUUCAAUAGUUUCUCUGUUAAGUCAUAAGCUACUAAUUUUUAUGUUUUAUAGAAAACUUACUACGUCUUUAGAUAAACAAAGUUGUUAUAUUGUUAUUAUUAUUAUAUGAGGGGGAUGUCAUUGCUAUGGCAAUGUAUACUCUGAUAUCUUCCCUUGACAAUAAAUUUCUUUUGUUCACAAGACUUUCAUAAAAAAGCAUUUGGCCCAAGGGGGUCUCGGAACCUGAUCUUAUUUGCUAUUGCCUUUUUUGGCUGUGGCGUUAUUUACUCUACACAUAGUUUCUUCCCCCCCCCCCUUUAUACAAGACUAUUACUUAUAGAAAAUAAUGCGU